UUCCAAUCCCAUCAUCUUCCACACUUCACGGUUCAGGCUUCUUAAAGUUGUCUCUUUUUAACGCGCGCAUCCAUCAGCUUUGUGUGUCCUGAAUCCUGAUUUUGUGUUGUGCCGACUCCUUCAUCUUCCCCACACAAAGCCCCCCAUAUAUGGCGAAGAUUCCGUCUCGUCCCUGUUCUCUGUUCGUCCUGCUCCUGCUCAUUUUCAUGGUUUCCCAUGAAGAGGCAGGAUUGGUGAAGGUGGCAGAGGCGAGGGUGAAGGUUUGUGCGACUCAGAGCCGUUAUUUCAAAGGGGGUUGUCGCAGAGACCACAACUGUGCUAUGGUGUGCCGCGACGAGGGCUUCUCCGGUGGCCGCUGCACCAAACCCUUCUCCCGUCCCCGCCGGCAUUGUUUCUGCACCAAGUUCUGCUAGUUCAUCAUCUGCCACCGUGCCAACUCACCAGAUCUCCCUCAUCCAUAGAUCCAUCUUCAGGGGUUUAGUUUGCUUUUUCUGUUUAGGACCUGUAACACCAGCUUUGGUUAUUUGGGUCUCAUUUGCAAGUUUCAUGUGUCUUUCUUGACAGUUCAGAUGAAUAGCUUAUCUUCUCUUUAAUCAUGUCAUCAAAUCCCCAUAUCCUGACAUGAAUGCCACUUGCUUUUCCGUUUUGAAUCUGAAUCUGGUGUACACAUUGCUGUAUCUUUUUUUAUAAAUGAAGUGAUGCGGCUGGCCAGAUCUAAGAUGACCUGUCAGUCCUCCACUACUUUGUGUUCAUCCAUCUGUUACUUUUGCACUACCGGAUUCGGGAAGUUAUAUCCCCGACUUUGAACCUAAUGUGGUCAAUGGAAUGUGCUAGUUGGGAACAAUCAAAAGAAACGGGCUUAGGCCUAGCUGAAGAAAGAAAAGGGAAAGAAAGGAAGAGUGGGCUGGCCCAAACGGAAAGGAGGAUGAGCUAUCUAUCUUAUUAUCCUUUUCCUUGGAAAGGAGCCGAAGAGAAGAGGCAGACCCAGCCCAGGCAGGCUGAAGGACUGAGCGUUUAGCCGGAGAUGGAAUGGAAGAAUUUGUUGUCCGCUAAUGGUUGGAUUGUGAGGAGUAAAAGAAGUGGGCUUGAGGCCUGAGCUGGAAGCAAAGAGAGGGCUUAAGCCCAAUGGAAGAGGGAAGGUUAUCUAACAGACUAGACUAGACCCUCACCCCUCCACACAUUUCAUAAAGCAUAUAAAAAAAAUCACAAGUUUACUGAAACAUACCAUAAUUAUCAUAAAGUAUACCACAAGUUCCCUGAAACAUACUAGAACCUCAUAAAGCAGACCAUAAGUUUCCUAAAACAGACGACAAACCUCAUAAAAUAAUUACCAAUUCGCUGAAGUAGAUAAAAAAUCUUAUAAAACAAAGGACGACUUCCCUGAAGAAGACUAAACAUAUGUGCAAUCACACCGAAACUUUCAUGAAGCAUACCGGAAAGAAGAGAAAGCACACAAAAUCUUAUGAAACAAUUCAGAAAUUUUAUGACAAUAUAAUUAUAAAAUUAUAAUAGUUAAAUAAUUUUUUUAUAGUGGUGAAAUAAUUUUUUUAUUACAAGUAAGUUGAUGGGAUUUUUUUCACACGGGGAGAAGUGGAGCGAGUGGGGUGUCAUAGACGAAAAACUAGAGGGAAGAAGGGAUGUGUAACUAUUAUGUAUUGUAGUUAAGGUUAUAGGUAUAAUAUGCCCCUAUACUAUGACGUUUUAAUAAACAUGCCCCUCUAUUAUUUUUUACAUCAAACAUGCCCUUGUACUUUGGAAAACUUAUCAAACAUGCCCUUUUGCUAAAAUUUUCAUCCAAAUUUUUUUUACUUAAAAUGAAAGAGAUAAAGCCUGUUAAAAUUUAGAGGAAAAAGGAAUAAACUCUUUCAUAAUUGGUGAUAUGGCGCGGAUGUAGAAGAUUAUGCAUGGUUGUGCACCAUAAAGUUAUGCACCAAAACUGCUCUCUUACGCAUAUUUUAAAGCCCGAUAUUAAUUGAACAUGAUUCAACUAGUGGAGCAUAAAUCGGUUUUACAACCAUGGUAAUAUACGAUAAAGAGUAGAUAAAAGGAUGUAAUUGUUGAUUUCGGACUACAAAAAGUAUGUGUACAUUAAGAAUGAUGAUUGAAGUGGGUGUUUGUUAAAUGCAGCAAAUUAAAGAAGCGUGUUUAGUCAUGAAGGGGUUGUUUGGAUAAGUUGUUGGGUAACGAGUUAAUAUAAAAGUGGAAUUUCU